AUGGGCGGCCUCUUCUUCCUCGACGCUCCUGGCGGAACAGGCAAGACCUUCGUUACCAACCUUCUUCGGGCCAAGGUCAAGCAGACGAGGAAGAUUGCCCUGGUAGUUGCUUCAAGCGGCAUUGCUGCCACCCUGCUCGACGGAGGGCGCACUGCUCACUCGGCCUUCAAGCUGCCAUUCAACCUGGCAAAGCGGGAAAAUCCAACCUGCAACAUCAGCCGUAGCUCCACAAAGGCCAAGCUGUUCCAAGAGUGCAAGCUCAUCAUCUGGGACGAGGCGACUUUCGCCAAACCUUGCCAGUCAUCGCCAAAGGCAAAUGCAGAUGCUGUCAAUGCUUGCAUCAAGUCGUCGUACCUCUGGAGCGAAGUGAACCGCCACAGCCUGAAAACCAACAUGAGGGUGCAGCUCAGCGGCGAUAAAAAAGCUGGUCGCUUCUCUCAGCGACUGCUGAAGAAUUUGGCCCUGGAUAACAUCAACGCCAAGCUGCUGGAGCAACUGCCUGGCGACUCAACGAGAUACAAGUCGAUGGACACAGUUCCUGAUCCUGACCAGGUCGUACACUAUCCGACCGAGUUUCUCAACAGCCUGGCGCCCUCAGGAGUGCCACGGCAACGAUUGCAGACGAGUCUGCUUACUGUGGGCGUGAUGUGUUUCGUCGUCGCCAUCAUCGCCAUCGUCCCUACCUUCGCCCUCACAACGUGUGUAUUCGAGAUUAUCGUUCGCGAGGCACCCCAGGAUGAGGUCAUUAUUCGAUCAGGGGAGGAGGAUAUACUUACUCUGUGUCGUGCAAUGAUGACGGGACUAGAAGACCAAAUCUCUAAAGGCAACACGCCCGGCAGUGUUUGUGAAGAGACAGAGCCGGGCUUGCUAACGCUAUUCAUCGCUGAUGGAAACCCGGCCCCUGUGGAGGUGACGUGGUAUCGUGCGAGUGCGGGUGCUGAGCAAUUGAUCCCCCUGUACAACGUGGUGACAUACUCGUAUGAGAACGUCGAGCAGCAUUUCUUCAAUACGACAAGCACGGUAACAGUGCCCCAGAAUGGCCUUAAUGACGAAGAUAUUGUACGGGUAGAGAUUGCUCAUCCGGCGCUCGACGAGGCGUUGGUUGUUAACAUUACUGCUGAUGUGCAAUACGGUCCUAGCGAGGUGAUCAUAACGCCUCGAUCACCGGCGGAACUAGUUGAGGGUGAGCCCGCAGAAGUGGUGUGCGAGUCGGACGGAAAUCCGCGGACGACGAUCACGUGGAAGAAAAACCAACAAGUCAUCGCGGAGGGCGCGUCAUUGACGUUUGAUCUCGUCCAAUCAAGCGACGCCGGCAAUGACUACUCGUGCGUGGCGCAAAACAAAUACGGCGUCAAAUCACGACAAUACCAGAUCAACGUCGGUGCGACUGUCAGCGGGGCUAUGAUCGCCGGCAUCAUCAUCGCCAUCCUCGCCGUGUUUAUGGUAGCAGCCAUUGUCGGCUACAUGUACGUGAAUAAGAUGUCAUGCUUUGCGCCGGCCGCCAAGCCGAUUCAGCCCACCACCACAGCGCCGGCGUUCGAAACGCAGGCGUCGCACCCCGUCAAGGACGAGGCGUGGGCGGCCGGCACGGGCCAGGCGUACGAGAACAAGGUGGAGAAGGACGAUGAAGGCUUCCACACGAUCGAUCUUGAAAAAGCCGCAAGCGAGACAGCGGACCCUAAGGCGCUCGAUGAUAAUACGCCGAGCCGGUCACGGGAGUCGUACGCUGCCGCCAUGUCGAAGCCGCAGCCGAUGCCAACGCCAUCUGCUACCAUAGCGGAAGAUGAAAUGGGAGAGAGUGUGUGAGUGGCGUGCAAACUGCGAGCGCCAUGUUUUAGGAGUUCCUUCGCAAGGAAUAUUAAAUUCAAAUUGUUUCGCGAUGGCACGUAGGUGAAUACCGGUUGAAGUUAGUGCAACGUGAAGUAUAUCAUUUACAGAUAUCUGCGUAUCAAAUUUUUAUCAAAAAGUUAGACGGGAUGACUUUAACAAAAUGCAUAAAAAAUCGUGCAUUGGCUCUAUUAUAUACUGCAUAUUUAGCUACAUAUAUAUAUAUAUAUAUAUAUACAUACUUGUGUGAUACAGAUCUAUAAGCGAUUAGUAAUAGUAUUGAAAUUGAAUGCCAUAUUAAGUAAAAGAAGAUUCUAUACGAAACAUAGUUGACAAUGAUUGAACCGUAAUUUUGUUAUUAACAUUAAAAAAAAUAAAGUUAUCAAAAUUUUCUAU